ACGUGUGGAUAAAAGAUCCGGGGAACUAUAAAAAGCGGCAGCAAUUCAGACAGAAUUCAUCAGUACGACUUCGUUUGACGAACAAGUUCAUCUACUAGAACCCAUUUCAACAUGCAUUGCAGCAACAAGGUUUGGAUCAUUUUGGCCGUGGCCAUGGCGAUUUUCGGAGCCUCGGAUGCCGGUCAUCUCAGAACUGGAGGGUACGGCGGAGGGUUCGGCGGUGGGUUCGGCGGAGGAUACGGUGGGGGACAUGUAUCCUCAUUCUCAGGACACGGAGCUGGAUACGGAAGCUUUGGCGGAGGAGCCGGAUAUGGAAGCUUUGGCGGAGGAGCUGGACAUGGAAGCUUUGGCGGAGGGCACGGAGGUGGAUACGCCAGACCGGUAUCUGUUGUUGUUGUCGGCGGAGGUCAUGGUUCCGGAUAUGGAAGUGGAGGAGGCCGUGGUUCCGGAUACGGAGGUGGAAGCCACGGACACAGAUGCCCACAUUGUUGAAUCCUGAAAGUAAUUUAUUUAAAAACCCUGAAUAUUUAAAACAACCGUCGCAGGCAGACUGGCUAAAAAUAAACAAAUUAUCAUAUUGAA